AUGGCGGAGCGCGGGUCUCCACGCCCCUGUUGGGGGCUGCUGCUGGCACUGGCGCUGUUCCUGCGCGCGCUGCCAAGGGCGCGGGGCGUCGAGGAAGAGCCUGGCGCGCACGGCUCGUCCAGCGGCUUCCAGGUGGUCACCUUCGAGUGGCCACAUGUCCAGGACCCGUACAUCAUUGCGCUGUGGAUCCUUGUGGCCAGUCUGGCCAAGAUCGUGUUCCAUCUGUCACGCAAGGUCACCAGGGUGGUGCCUGAGAGCGCCCUGCUCAUUGUGCUGGGCCUGGUGCUGGGCGGCAUUGUCUGGGCUGCUGAUCACAUCGCCUCCUUCACACUCACGCCCACCGUCUUCUUCUUCUACCUGCUCCCGCCCAUCGUGCUGGAUGCCGGCUACUUCAUGCCCAACCGCCUCUUCUUCGGCAACUUGGGCACCAUCCUGCUCUACGCUGUCAUCGGCACCGUGUGGAACGCGGCCACCACCGGCCUGUCCCUCUACGGGGUCUACCUCACCGGGCUGAUGGGGCACCUGAACAUCGGUCUGCUGGACUUCCUGCUCUUUGGCAGCCUGAUCGCGGCUGUGGACCCUGUGGCCGUCCUGGCCGUGUUCGAGGAGGUGCAUGUCAACGAGGUUCUCUUCAUCAUCGUCUUUGGGGAGUCGCUGCUGAACGAUGCUGUCACUGUGGUUCUGUACAACGUGUUUGAAUCUUUCGUGACACUGGGUGGUGAGAACGUGACCGGUGUGGACUGUGUAAUGGGCAUAGUGUCCUUCUUCGUGGUGAGCCUGGGGGGCACGCUGGUGGGGAUCAUCUUCGCUUUCCUGCUGUCGCUGGUUACACGUUUCACGAAACACGUUCGGAUCAUCGAACCCGCCUUCGUCUUUGUCAUCUCCUACCUGUCCUACCUCACAUCUGAGAUGCUGUCCCUGUCGGCCAUCCUGGCGAUAACGUUCUGUGGCAUCUGCUGCCAGAAGUAUGUGAAAGCCAACAUCUCAGAGCAGUCGGCUACCACGGUGCGUUACACCAUGAAGAUGCUGGCCAGUGGGGCCGAGACCAUCAUCUUCAUGUUCCUGGGCAUCUCGGCCGUGGACCCACUCAUCUGGACAUGGAAUACAGCUUUUGUGCUCCUGACACUGCUUUUCAUCUCUGUGUACAGAGCCAUCGGUGUGGUCCUGCAGACCUGGGUGCUGAACCGGUACCGGAUGGUGCAGCUGGAGGUCAUCGACCAGGUGGUCAUGUCCUAUGGUGGCCUGCGGGGGGCUGUGGCCUAUGCCCUCGUGGUUCUCCUGGACGCGAACAAGGUCAAAGAGAAGAACCUGUUUGUCAGUACAACCAUCGUUGUAGUGUUCUUCACCGUCAUUUUCCAGGUGAGAGAGCCACUAGCCAGCCAGCCCUUCAGGCCCAGGAUGCUAACCUCAUGUUUUCUCUGGAAGGCCUUCGACCACAUCCUCUCCGCCAUUGAGGACAUAUCAGGCCAGAUAGGACACAAUUACCUCAGAGACAAGUGGUCCAACUUUGACAGGAAAGUCCUCAGCAAAGUGCUCAUGCGACGCUCCGCCCAGAAGUCUCGAGAUCGAAUCCUGAACGUCUUCCAUGAGCUCAACCUGAAGGAUGCCAUCAGCUAUGUGGCUGAGGGUGAACGCCGGGGGUCUCUGGCCUUCAUCCGCUCACCAAGCGCAGACAGCAUGUCUGUGGUCAAUGUGGACUUCAACACACCACGGCCGUCCACUGUGGAAGCUUCUGUCUCUUACCUUCUGCGGGAGAACGUCAGUGCGGUCUGCUUGGACAUGCAGUCGCUGGAGCAGCGGCGGAAGAGCAUCCGGGACACAGAGGACAUGAUCACACACCACACGCUGCAGCAGUACCUGUACAAGCCGCGCCAGGAGUACAAGCACCUCUACAGCCGGCAUGAGCUCUCACAGAACGAGGACGAGAAGCAGGACAAGGAGAUUUUCCACCGGACCAUGCGCAAACGCCUGGAGUCUUUCAAGUCGGCCAAGCUGGGCAUCAACCAGAAGAAGGCGGCCAAGUACAAGCGCGAGCGCGCGCAGAAGAGGAGGAACAGCAGCACCCCCAACGGGAAGCUGCCCAUGGAGAGCCCGCUGCAUCACUUCCCCAUCAGAGAGCGAGUGGACCUGGAGUUCUCUGACCCUGAGGAGACACCCGGCUACGAAGAUGAGAUGAGUGGGGGCAUUGAGUUCCUGGCCAAUGUCACUAGAGACAGCACUAUAGACACCCCAGCAGGCACUGACAACCCCGUGUUUUCCCCCGACGAGGACUUGGGCAUCCUGGCCCAGGUGCCGCCCUGGCUGUCUCCCGAGGAGACCGUGGUGCCCUCUCAGCGGGCCCGGGUGCAGAUCCCCUGUUCGCCCGACACCUUCCGCCGCCUGACGCCUGACCGGCUCAGCACGCUGUCCGCGGACUCGCAGGGCCCCGAAGAGGCACCGCGAGCGGCUGAGUCCACUGACAUGUAA